AUGAAAAGAAUAACAAUACCGAGGCUUCCAGGGACUGGAAAGCUCUUUUUAAUUAUUGUAGCUAUUGGAACUCUCUAUUUGCUGAUGUUGCUUAUAUUCUCACCCACUACACAGUUUAUGGGAAUACGCAAAGUAGUUUCUGUAGAUGAUAUAGCUGUAAACGUUACUGGUCCUAUUCUGGUGGAUAAAGUCUCGUUGUCGGAUGCGCUUCGAUACAUUCCACACAGUACAGUACAGACAUGGAAGGAGAGGGACUAUCUCAUUGUGUUUGGUAUUCCAUCUAUGGAUGUUGAUGGAAGGCGGAGACGUCGUUAUCUGCAGCGGACUACGUGCUGGCAGUUCCCGGGUGUUGCGACAAGAUCAAAUAACUUCACUGGGUCCAUGUUGGUGUUGUAUGUACUUGCACGGCAUCCAUCAAAGGGAUAUGAAUACUCUGCCCCACUAGUGGAGGAGGCUAAUGAGUAUCAUGAUGUGAUAACGUUUCCCACAAAUGAGGGGGUUUCUAAUACCAAUAAGUUAUAUUCUGGUGGUGGUUUUUGGGGUGUGGAGGCUGAAAUUGCAAUGAGCCGUAAGACUUAUUUGUGGCUUGAGUUAGCCCUUCGUCUUUUUCCUAAUACGAGUUACAUUACGAAGGCUGAUGAUGAUAUGUUCUUGCGUGUACCGCAGUUUCUUGUCGACCUUCGUACGCUUCCUCGUCAUGGGAUUUAUUGGGGAAAUCUUGUGUGGAGCAAUUAUCCGAAACGAUUUGUGUUUAUUGUUGGAUUCUGUAUGACUGUGUCGAGAGAUGUGGCUGAGCAGGUUGUAUCCUACAAGCCGCUGCAGGACCUUGUUCGUCUUCCAUACAGUAAGGAACGUGAAGCAGAGUUUCUCUCUUUAAACAUGGAUCAUGAGGAUGUUUUGGUGGGACGUGUAUUGUACGAGUUACAGUACACGCGAUUAUUGUAUGUCAGUGAGCGUAAGUGUCGAUUUCAUGAUAUUGUUUAUGGUCCGCACUAUUUUCCGUUAUCUGGAAAGUCUGUUUUAAUACAUCACAUAAAAGAGCAUGAAUACGCGUGGUUGAUGUGGCGGUUUAAUAAAAGUAAGAUUCCCAUCCCGGUAAGGUAUAGGGUUCCACCACAUUACAAACGUAAACGGAAUCGUAUUCAAUUUGACUGCUAA